AAAUAGCCUAAAUAAUAACAGGCAUAAUCUGUAUCUAAUAAGAAUAGCAGGAAAGCCGUAUAUGUCGCGAAUAAACCUGUAUCUUCUCCCUCCAAAGUGUAGGUGUGUUUCCACCGGACGAUUUGGUUGUGUAUAAAAGCGGAGGAUUAAUCUGUCGUCAAAAAACUGAAGGCAGUGACGACUCGGGCCGUGAUUGGACGAGCUCCUCUCAAACCCUCCCUUUAUAAUUUCUCAGGAGUGAGUUCGGAGUCUUAAACACACCAACACAGCUAGGACACACUUAAGAGCACCCUGCACUUUCCAACCCCUAUUGCAAACAGAGAAAAGACACCGCACGUGGAUACAAGAGGUUUGCUGAACUACUGAUCCGUGCGUAUGGACUUCUAAAUGCUGAAUUAGAGCAAGGGGUUUGACUUUUUUUGUUGGUCGCAAUUGAAAACAGAAGCUGAUGAUUUAACUGCCCGACUCUGUGCAUGUGCUCAACGCACAAAUAAAAAGAUUAUUUUUUCAUUCAUAAUCCAUUUUUUUCCUCUAAAUAGUCCACUUUCUUCUCUAAAAUUGGCUCCUGUACAAACAGCCGCGUUGGAUCCCUCGGGUUACUGCGAGACUCCGGUGUACAACCCGGAUCUCUGUCCAAAUAUGAUCGCCGCCCAGGCCAAGCUGGUGUAUCAUCUCAAUAAAUACUACAACGAGAAAUGCCAGUCUCGGAAAGCGGCCAUCUCCAAGACCAUCCGGGAGGUGUGCAAGGUGGUCUCAGAUGUCCUGAAGGAGGUGGAGGUCCAGGAGCCUCGCUUUAUCAGCUCCUUAAACGAAAUGGAUAACCGCUUCGAGGGGCUCGAGGUCAUCUCCCCAACAGAAUUCGAGGUGGUCCUGUAUCUGAACCAGAUGGGGGUCUUCAACUUCGUGGACGACGGCUCUCUGCCGGGCUGCGCCGUGCUCAAGCUAAGCGACGGGCGGAAGAGAAGUAUGUCCCUCUGGGUCGAGUUCAUCACGGCUUCGGGAUACCUGUCCGCGCGCAAGAUCCGCUCCAGGUUCCAGACGCUCGUGGCGCAGGCGGUGGAUAAGUGCAGCUAUAGGGACGUGGUUAAAAUGAUCGCGGACACCAGCGAGGUGAAAUUACGCAUCAGAGACAGGUAUGUGGUUCAGAUCACCCCCGCGUUCAAGUGCACCGGCAUAUGGCCGCGCAGCGCUGCCCACUGGCCGAUGCCGCACGUCCCGUGGCCUGGUCCGAACAGGGUGGCAGAAGUCAAAGCCGAGGGUUUCAAUCUCUUAUCGAAGGAGUGUUACUCGUUAAACGGGAAGCAGAGCUCGGCGGAGAGUGAUGCCUGGGUGCUGCAGUUCGCCGAAGCGGAGAACCGACUGCUCCUGGGAGGGUGCAGGAAGAAAUGCCUGUCCCUGCUCAAGACGUUGCGCGACCGUCACCUUGAACUACCCGGGCAGCCUCUCAACAACUACCACAUGAAAACUCUUGUGUCUUACGAGUGCGAAAAACACCCGCGCGAGUCGGACUGGGACGAGAACUGCCUCGGGGAUCGACUGAACGGGAUUUUACUGCAGCUCAUUUCGUGCUUGCAGUGCAGGAGAUGCCCCCAUUAUUUUCUGCCAAGCCUAGACCUUUUCCAAGGAAAGCCACAUUCGGGCCUUGAAAACUCUGCCAAACAGACUUGGCGACUGGCGAGAGAAAUUCUAACCAACCCUAAAAGCCUGGAGAAACUCUGAGGUAAAAA